GAGAGAAUGUCUGUGCCUAAUGACACCCAGUUCCACCCUUCUUCUUUCCUUCUGCUGGGCAUACCAGGAAUGCAAGAUGUGCACGUCUGGGUCGGGUUCCCCUUGCUCUUUGUGUACCUUGUUGCCGUCCUGGGGAACGCUGCUGUGCUGUUUGUCAUCUGGACUGAGCACAGUCUCCAUGAGCCUAUGUACUACUUCCUGGCCAUGAUGGACUCCACCGACCUGGGCUUGUCCACAGCCACCAUCCCCAAAAUGCUGUGCAUCUUCUGGUUCCACCUCAAGGAUAUAUCUUUUGAAAGCUACCUUUCCCAGAUGUUCUUCAUCCACUUCUUCACUGCCAUGGAGAGCAUCAUGCUGGUCGCCAUGGCCUUUGACCGCUACACUGCCAUUUGUAAACCCCUUCACUACACCGUCGUCCUCUGCAGCGAAACCAUCAGCAUCAUUGCAGGCGCUGGUGUCCUGCGGAGCCUGUGCAUGGUGGCCCCCCUGGUGUUCCUCCUCCUGAGGCUGCCCUUCUGUGGGCACCGUGUCAUCCCUCACACCUACUGUGAGCACGUGGGCAUCGCCCACUUGUCCUGUGCCAGCAUCAAAGUGAACAUUAUGUUUGGCCUUGGCAACAUUUCUCUCUUAUUAUUGGAUGUGGUCCUUAUUGUUCUCUCCUAUGUCAGGAUCCUCCAUGCAGUCUUUUGCCUGCCUUCUUGGGACGCUCGACUCAAAGCCCUCCACACCUGUGGUUCCCACAUUGGUGUCAUAUUAACUUUUUUCACUCCAGCAUUUUUCUCUUUCUUGACACACUGUUUUGGCCACAAUAUUCCUCAAUAUAUCCACAUUUUCUUGGCCAACCUGUAUGUGGUUUUUCCACCAGCCCUCAAUCCUGUCAUCUAUGGGGUCAGGACCAAGCAGAUAAGGCAGCAAAUCCUGAGGAUUUUUCAUCUGGGGAAGGAGAUAGUCUCUCAGGCCAUGGAGAUCCACAGAUUCCCCCUACACAAGUGACCCAAGGAAGACAACACCAAGACACAUAGUAAUUAAAAUGGGAAAGAUCAAGGAUAAGGACAGACUGUUAAAAGAAGCCAGAGGCAUAAAUAAGAUUACAUACAAAGGAAAGCCCAUCAGACUAACAUCAGACUUCUCAGCAGAAACCUUACAGGCCAGAAGGGAGUGGCAUGAUGUAUUUAAUGCCAUGAAGCAGAAGGGCCUGGAACCAAGAUUACUUUAUCCGGCAAGAUUAUCAUUUAAAUUUAAAGGAAGGAUUAAACAAUUUCCAGAUAAGCAAAAGCUGAGAGAGUUUACCUCCCACAAACCAUCUCUGCAGUCUAUUUUGGAGGGACUGCUAUAGAUGGAAGUGUUCCGAGGGUUGGAUAGCUGUCACCAGAGGUAGUAAAAUCAUGGUAGGGAGGGCUGAGCAGCUGAUUGCGAGGCAAAUGCAAAAU